AUGGAGAAUCCCGAACGUGACACCAACGACCACGAGGAUACUGACCAUGGAAUCACCGUACAUGGGACCACUGAACACGAAAAUGCCGAGCACGUCAACACAGAAGGCCCAGAGGAAGGCGAUGACUCGUUACUCCUCUAUGUCUACGAGCACAAUGCAGGCCAGGCCACUCUAACUCUCGAAUUACAAGACCAAAACGCACCAAAGAUGCAGCUAGGCAGGAACAGGUCCGUUGAUGUUCUUGCGAGGAAAGAAGGCGCUAAAGCCUUCCACAUCGACUAUUACACCUUCAAAUACGGAUACACCCUACGCCUCAACAACUGCGGCUAUACUACACGGUUCAAGGGCCCCCCCAUAGAGGGAAAUUUAUAUGGCGGCCAGGGCACAACGAGUAGCUGGGCCACAUUCCCUUGGAAGGAGUUUCACAUGCACUUACCUGACGAUCGUUGGCAUGCUCAACUGAAGCAUGGGAGGCCUGGGAGGUACAGCAGUAGGGCGCAGGGGACGCAUUAUGAAGACUGUGCAGAACAUAAUGUGGUGGUGUUUCCGAAGUUUAUGGAUAAGCUGGAGGAGAUUGUUGGAGAGGGAAGGAUACGGUUGUGUAAGCGGAUGGACGGUGAGCUUGUUGACAUAGAUGCAGAAGAUGAGGCAGAAGGCGAAGAAGGUGGAGAGAGCAUUGGGGAGGACGGUGAUGGGGAAGACGGCAUGGAAGGUGGCGAUGGAGGUAGUGAGUAG